GGCCUCGGCUUGCGGGCCCCUGACUUUAUCCGAAGGUUCCUGAGCUGCUACAUCUGGCAUCCGGCAGUGCACUGCAAGGAGGGCUGGGGGGCGGGAGAUGACGGGAAUUUCCUCCCUGCUGACUGUCUGCGAGCACCGGCUCCCUCCUCCUCGCAGCCCCGGGGCUGCAGAACUGGCAGAGAUUUGGUUGAAGUUGGAGAGUGAGAGAAAAUGAAUUCCUUUUCUGGUUUACCUGUAGAGAACUUCACCAUAGCAGUCAAUAUGUCCAAGACUUUGCCUGAAACAGAAGCGCAUGGAUUGAAUUCCACUAGUGACCCACCUUCAAUGUCAGUAUCAAGGCUUUUUCCAGCCUUACUAGAAUGCUUUGGCAUAGUCCUUUGUGGCUACAUAGCAGGAAGGGCCAAUGUCAUAACAUCAACACAGGCCAAAGGACUAGGAAAUUUUGUCUCCAGAUUUGCACUUCCAGCUUUAUUAUUCAAAAACAUGGUUGUACUUAAUUUUUCCAAUGUGGAUUGGUCUUUCCUGUAUAGUAUCUUGAUUGCCAAAGCUGCUGUAUUUUUCAUUGUAUGUGUUUUAACUUUAUUGGUUGCCAGUCCUAAUAGUCGAUUUAGCAAAGCCGGACUUUUCCCUAUUUUUGCUACACAAAGUAAUGACUUUGCAUUGGGAUAUCCUAUAGUUGAAGCUUUAUAUCAAACUACAUACCCAGAAUAUCUCCAGUACAUUUAUUUGGUGGCGCCAAUAUCUCUUAUGAUGUUAAACCCUAUAGGGUUUAUCUUCUGUGAGAUCCAGAAGUGGAAAGACACUCAAAAUGCUUCUCGAAACAAAGUAAAAAUUGUGGGACUUGGAUUUCUGCGUGUAUUACAGAAUCCAAUAGUAUUCAUGGUCUUCAUUGGAAUUGCCUUCAAUUUUAUUCUUGACCAAAAGGUGCCAGAAUAUAUGGAAAAUUUUCUUGAUGGACUUGGGAAUUCUUUUUCUGGAUCAGCUCUAUUUUAUCUUGGUGUUACUAUGGUAGGAAAAAUAAGGAAACUGAAGAAGUCAGCAUUUGUGGUAUUAAUUCUUCUCAUCACAGCUAAACUCCUCGUGCUGCCACUUUUGUGCAGAGAAAUGGUGGAAAUCUUGGACAAGAGCGACAGUGUGGUCAACCAUACAAGUUUGUCAAAUUAUGCAUUUUUGUAUGGUGUCUUUCCUGUAGCACCAGGAGUGGCUAUCUUUGCAACACAGUUCAACAUGGAAGUAGAGAUUAUAACCUCAGGGAUGGUAAUAAGCACGUUUGUGUCUGCUCCAAUCAUGUAUGUUUCUGCCUGGUUACUGACCUUUCCCACUAUGGACCCAAAGCCGUUGGCAUAUGCCAUCCAGAAUGUUAGUUUUGAUAUAAGUAUUAUCAGUCUAGUCUCCUUGAUUUGGUCUCUGGCUGUUCUUCUUUUGAGUAAGAAGUAUAAACAGCUUCCUCAUAUGCUUACAACUAAUUUACUCAUUGCUCAGUUGAUUGUCUGUGCUGGAAUGAUGAUCUGGAAUUUUGUUAAAGAGAAAAAUUUUGUUGGACAAAUUCUGGUGUUCGUCCUGUUGUACAGCUCCCUCUAUAGCACGUACCUGUGGACAGGCCUUCUAGCAAUUUCUUUGUUUCUUUUGAAAAAGCGAGAGAUGGUACAAAUUCCUGUUGGAAUCAUCAUAAUAUCUGGCUGGGGAAUUCCUGCCCUCCUUGUUGGUGUUCUUUUGAUAACUGGAAAGCACAAUGGAGAUAGCAUUGACUCAGCCUUCUUUUAUGGGAAAGAGCAGAUGAUCACCACAGCAGUCACCCUGUUCUGUAGCAUUCUGAUAGCCGGCAUAUCACUCAUGUGCAUGAACCGCACCACCCAAGCCGGACGCUAUGAAGGUUUUGACCAGUCUCAGAACAACAAAGCAGCAGAGCCUGGAAACACUGCUUUUGAGGAGAGUCCAGUGCCAAUAAAUGAACCAGAACUUUUUACCAGCUCUAUCGCAGAAAGAAGUUACUGUUCCUGCCCCAUGGGAAAUGGUGAAUUGUGCUGCCCAUCAGCAGAGCCAGCAGCAAAUACAAGCACCAGUGGGCCUGUGACUCCUUCAUUUGAGAAGAAUGAUCACUGUGUGAGUCGCUGCAACUCCCAGCGCUGCAUAUUAGCCCAGGAGGAAGAACUGUAUCUACAAAGUGGAGACCAGCAACUGACUCGACAUGUGUUGCUGUGUUUACUUCUCAUUAUUGGCCUGUUUGCUAAUCUUUCCAGUUGUUUAUGGUGGUUAUUCAACCAAGAGCCAGGAAGACUAUAUGUUGAGUUACAGUUUUUCUGUGCUGUGUUUAACUUUGGCCAGGGAUUUAUUUCCUUUGGAAUCUUUGGAUUGGACAAACAUUUAAUCAUCCUACCUUUCAAAAGAAGACUUGAAUUCCUAUGGAACAAUAAAGAAACAACAGAAAACAGGAAUUCUCCUGUUCCUGAGGAAAUAAAAAUGACCUGUCAACAGUUUAUCCAUUACCACCGUGACCUCUGUAUCCGAAACAUUGUUAAGGAAAGAAGGCACAGGUUUAAACAGUGGGCACACAAAAAUGGGAACAAAUAUGGUUCCUAUCCUCACAAAGAAGCCCUGGUGACACAAUAGUUAAACACUCAGCUGCUAACCAGAAGCCUGGCAGUUUGAACCCACCCAGCAGCUCUGCAGGACAAAAACCGCCUUGAAAAUCCUAUUGCGCAGUUCUACUCUGCACACAUGGGGUUGCCACGAGUCAGAAUCCACUUGAGAGCAACUAACAACAACAACAUAAAAGUGAUGGAGUGGAAUGAUGCAAGAAGAGGGAACACCCAUGAAAUCAGAAACUGAACUGGCUUGAAAGAGCAGCACAGCUGAAACUUAAAAAAUAAUGGGUAAAGUGCAGUAAGAUGUGGACAGAGGGAGAUCAGGAGGAUCUUGGUGGUUUCUGUUAAGGAUUGGGACUUUACCUUAAGAAAAAUGAAUCUUUAAAAGAGUUUCGAAAGGGGAGUUCAUCAUCAGAUUUAAAUGUUUAGUAAUAGAUCACUCUGGCUGCAGUAACCCACGUGGAUGGAUAAAGAAUAAAAAUGGGUGUGGGAGAACAGUUACAGUAGCCGUUUGGGUGAGAGCUGGUGCAAGUUUGGUCUGUGGAGGUGGCAAAGAGAAGCAGAACGUGCUGACACCAGAGAGAGAAAUGAGAUUCAAGUCUGUGACCCUGGAUAAAUCAAUUAACUGAUCACCCUUAGUUCCCUCAUCUAUUAAAAGAAAAAGAGCAUGGGAUCAGACCGGGGUCUUCAUGAUUUAGGGAGACUAUCACUGAGCCAUACAUAAGGCAAACACAGAAUCAACUUGGUACCUGAGUUAGACAUCUUUUCCUUUGUAAUAGCAACCCUGUAUUAGACGAGCAAUAUCAGGCAUAUUACAGCUAUUAUUUUUAUUUUAAAAAUAACUUCCUAGGCACUUCUUAGAUAUAAUGACCCAUUUCUGUAUUAUAAUCCUAAUUUCAAUGAUAAUGACCAACAAUGUUAUCAAAUACCAAAAACUGACGUUUCUAGAAACCAAAAAAUACCUAAUUUUGAGUUGGGUUUUUUUGUUUGUAUUUGCAUUAUUUUAACAAAGUUUGAUAAACUUUGAGCAGACAUUGCUGCUCCUUUAUAAUAAUGCUCGUGAUACACUAAUAAUUUUAUUUCAUUGCCAUUUUCCUGUUCCUGUUUUUACCAACUGAACAGAAAUAAAAGAUGAAAGAGAUUUGAGACCAAAAAGCUCCCAGGCAAGCUCUUCUAAAAUAUUUUAUUAACAUAAAAGUCCAUAAGGGGGAAUGGCUCCUAAAAUACUAGAUAAUUAGAGCUAAAAGCUCACAGGUCACCAAAGUCUUAACAAAAAGCAUAUCUGGGUUCAGUAAAAGUGCAUUCACAGAAUUAAUGGACGAUAGGGUCCCUAUGAGUCAGAAUCGACUCGAUGGCAAGGGGUUUAGUUUUUGGUUCGAUUUAAGGACAGAGACUCAAUAUUUAAGUCCAGAAAGUGUUCUUGUUAGAGCUGGUUAAUAUGUGCUAAAGCACAACUCACUACCUGAGGCAGUAUUUGCCAUUACACCAAGAAUCUGUUUUGUUUUUUGAUAUAAUUUAAGAAAAUGAUAUCAGGGCAGUAUAUAAUUACAACAAAUAUAAAUCCAUACAUGGUUUUGCUUCAUGCUUUACACAUUGAAUAUUUAAUUAUUGGGACAAAAAAUAGUUACUGUGGCUAAAAAAGAACACAAGUCUGUUACCUAAAGUAACACCUGACGAGCCCAUAUCUGUGUGUCCAAUUCCAAUGUUGUCUUCUUCCUCAGUAUUUCAGCAAGAUUAGGCAUAGUAUUAAUAGUCAGGAUAUCACUUCAAUACUACUAAAGAAUAAUCAGAUCUGCUCAAACUAGGUUUAUAAAUCAGGCAAAAGAAUGUAACUUUGAGGAAGAUUGUUGACCAUUUAUGUGGUCACUAACAAUUAAUACUCGACUCAUAAAUUCUAAUUUCAUCUUUUGCACAUCGAGAAAAGAGAUUAACCACUUCAUCCACAUCAAUAUAUUUGUUUUGAAGGAUUGAUUCCAUCUCUUUGAACAGUCCUUUCUCCAGUUUCCUCAUGUCAUCCAACAUUGUUUUGGCUUUUUCCUAAACAAUUUUAAAAAAUAAAAAUAAAUAAACACACACACAUAAAUAUAUGAGUCUAACCAACUUCCAACCCACCUCUACAGACAAGGUUUAUUCAUUCUGGUUUCUACUUCUGGUUUGGUACCCCUACUCCUAUUCUUUAGAUAUAAAAGGAGUGAAAUUGAAGGGGGGGGAAUCAUUGCUGUAGAUUGAGUUAAUGUAUUAAAAUCAAAUUAUUAUUAUUGUUCUUAGUAGAAAAGGCAAUAAUUAUGUAGGAUUCAUCUAUAAGCAAGAAACCUAAAAGACAAAUAACAGGACAAUUUAAAAGUCUGAUAAUUGUGUAUAGGAUGAAAAUUGAGGGUGAGGAAUUUUUAUGAAUUUACAUUUUUUGUAUUUAAAACCAAUAUUACCAGAUUGGAGCCCUGGUAGUGCAGUGGUUAAGAGCUUGGCUGCUAACCAAAAGGUCGGCAGUUUGAAUCCACCAGCUGCUCCUUGGAAAUCCUAUGGGGCAGUUCUACUCUGUCCUGUAGGGCCGCUAUGAGUCAGAAUUGACUCGAAAACCGUUUUUUAUAAUCGGAUUAAACAAAGGAAAUAUAAUAAUGAUGUUCAAGGGAAAGAACGACUAAAAGAAAAGACAUUUUCUCUAUGACUUCCUCUUUGCUUUCAGAGGAGGAGGAAAAGGUCCAUGACUCUUACAGAAAGGAGCAAUUUUUAAACAGUUGCUAUAUUUAUUGUGAUCAGUUAGAAUGUCUUGUCUAGAGUAAAAAGUAUGUAAGAAAAAAGUUACUAAAAAGUAAGCAUAAUUUUAAAAAUUUGAACCAUUUAUGGGGAAGAACUCCACAGACAAAGGUUCUUAACCUUAACAUGAACUUCAGUAUGAAACUGCAUUUAAUUUUUUCUGAAGAAAUUACACUUUAUAUAGGGGAGAAAAAAUGGAUUUUGUCUAUUAAGGUAUUGGAACAAUAGAUUACCACUUUGGAAAACAAAGUUAGAAUCCCCACCUCAUAACAUACACAAAAAUAAAUUCCAGAUGUAGUGAAGAACUAAUUAAACCCUGGUGGCACAGUGGUUAAGAGCUACGGCCACUAACCAAAAGGCUGGCAGUUCCAAUCCACCAGGCGCUCCUUGGAAAUCCUAUGGGGGAGUUCUACUCUGUCCUAUAGGGUCGCUAUGAGUCAGAAUAGACUUGAUAGCAACAGGCUUGUUUUUUUGUCUUGUUUUUUAAAUACACACAUACACACUAGAAAAAAAUAUUUAUUUUGAGGUAAGGUAGACCUUUUGAAGCACGAGAUCAAGAUGCCUGAAGGGAAAAGAAUAGCAAAUAGUCUUUGACUAAAGAGUAACUGACUGAAAUUUUUGUCUGACAAAAGUACUAUUAAAAACUUAAAUGCCAAACAAUCAACCGAGAGAAAAAAAACUGCCAUUUAACAAAGGGUUCAUAUGCAUAUGUUUCUGCCUCUUUGAGGCAAAAACCAAAAACAAUCCAGAAUCAAUUGAAAAAAAAAAAAAAAAUCCCAUUGCUGUGGAGUCAAUUCCGACUUAUAGCGACCCUAUAGGACAGAGCAGAACUCCCCCAUAGGAUUUCCAAGGAGCGCCUGGUGGAUUGGAACUGCCAGCCUUUUGGUUAGCAGCCAUAGCUCUUAAGUGCUAUACCACAAUACGCAAAGAAAAAGAAUAGACAAGUCAUUUAAGAGGAAAUACAAAUGGCCAAUAAACAUGAGAAGAUUUUCAAUCUCAUUAAGAAUCAAGGCAUGUAAAUUAAAAAUACCAAUAGGAUUGACUCUUCUGAAGACAGAAAAGUAGUUAUAGAACCAAGAUUAGAACCCAGCUCUUUUGACACUUCUUCCUUCAAAUUCCAUUAUCUUCCCACCACUUUUUGUUGUCAGUCAACGUUUAAUACUUAUUAAAUAAAAACUAAGAUAGUAACAGCUUUUAAAAUUUUAUUUCAAUAUUACUUUACAAAAAAUGUCAAUUAACUAACAUUUAAUAAUUUUUUGUGGGGACUAUAUAUAUCCUAAGUAAGCUACUUAAAUUCUCCUAGUCUCAGGUCUUUAUCCGAUGAGAAUAACACUAAUACCUACCUCAUGAAGUGGUUGUUAAGAUUAAAUAAAAUAAUUCACAUAAAAGUACCACGGUUCUUGGUGUAUAGUAUUUGAUAAAUAUUAAAAACCAAACCUGUUGCUGCCAAGUCAAUUCCGACUCACAUGACCCUGUAAGACAGAGCAGAACUGCCCCAUAGGGUUUCCAAGGAGUGGCUGGUAGAUAUGAACUGCUGACCUUUUGGUUAUGUUUAAUAUACUAAAGUUUUCUAAAAGAUUCACAACAUACUCUUUUUUUUUUCCAAUUUAAAUUCUUUUCAAUCUUUUUUUUUUUUUUAAUUGUGCUUUAGGUGAAAGUUUAAAGCUCAAGUUAGUUUCUCAUACAAAAAUUAAUACACCCAUUGUUAUGUGACCCUAGUUGCCAUCCCUAUAAUGUGACAGCACACUCCUCCGUUCCACUCUGGAUUUCCUGUGUCCACUCAACCAGCUCCUGUUCCCUUCUGCCUUCUCAUCUCGCCUCUGGACAGGAGCUGCUAUUUAGUCUUGUGGAUCUACCUGAACUAAGAAUGAUGCUCUUCAUAAUAUGGUCUUAUGUCUUAUUGUCCAGUCUAAUCUUUGUCUGAAGAGUUGGUUUUCGGGAUGGUUUUAGUUCUGGAUUAACAGAGAGUCUAGGGGCCGUGUCUUCUGGGGUUUCUGCAGUCUCAGUAAGACCAUUAAGUCCGGUCUUUUUACUAGAAUUUGAGUUCUGCACCCCACUUCUCUCCUGCUCCAUCAGGGACUCUCUGUCACAACAUACUCUUAAGCAAAGUCAAGAAAUAAUACAAUCCUGGUGGCAGAGUGGUUGAGUUCAGCUGUUAACCAAAAAGUCGUCAGUUCAAAUCUACCAGGCACUCCUUGGAAACCCUAUGCGGCAGUUCUACUCUGUCCUAUAGGGUUGCUGUGAGUCAGAAUUGACUCAAUGGCAACAGGUUUGGGUUUUUUUGGCUUAUCAUGGUCUGAGCAUCUGAACUACUUUUAAACCUGUUUUUAUACAAAGGAAGGAAAAAAGGCUAAAAUUCCGAAGUUUAAAAUAUGGAUUGAAUCAUACAUUAAGCUAUUUUUAAUGAUACAGCAAAGACUAUAAUCUAAUCAUACCUUAUCAUUAUCUUUUACUUCCAAUGCCUGUUGAUGUUUUUGGUAGAGUGGGUGUCUUCUGUCAGGCCUAAUCUUAAAAUGUGACUUCUUUUUAACUGGAUCUUCAAGUUCAAAUGUUGGUGAACUGGUCUCCAAUAGUUGUGAAAUAUUUGGCACAAAUAUGAAAGGCUUAAAAACUGAUCUAGAAGAGAGAACCUUUAUUAAAUUGGCAUGCCGUGAUAUAAAAAAUACUAGGCAUUAUUUUAAAUCCAAGAUUCCCUCUAGCUGUAAGUUUUUUAUUAAUGAUGCUACAUACUGAUUUGUCCCUGUCACACCUGUCUCCCCUGGUACACUGGGAUCUCCUGUGUUUGAUUUAGCCUUGUAUUCUCAUGUAUCUAACAGAGGGCCUGGCACAUAAACAAUGGCAGCGAAAUAACAGUUUGCUGUUUUCCACCAUGAGCUCCACACGUGAAGGAUGUCUUAGUUAUCUAGUGCUGCUAGAACAGAAAUACCACAAGUAGAUGGCUUAACAAACAGAAAUUUAUUAUCUCAUAGUUUAGGAGGCUAGAAGUCCAAAUUCAGGGCACUGGGCUAUGCUCCCUCUCUGUCACCUCUAGGAGAAGGUCCUUGUCUCUUCAGCUUCUGUUUCCUGGCUCCUUGGAGAUCUCCAUGUGGCUUGGCAUCUACCUUCCCCCACCUCUGCUUGCCUAAACUGCACCUUUUAUAUCUUGUUGAUUUUUUUUUUGAGAGACUGACUCAAGACAUACCCUACAGUAAUCCUGCCUCAUUAAUAUGACAAAGACAACCCUUCAAUUGAGGUUAUAAACCACAGGCAUAGAGGUUAGGAAUCACAACACAUAUUUUUGGUGGACACAAUUCAAUCUAUAACAGAGGGUAAAAAUAAUUCUCAAUGUUGGAUUGAGGAUUAGGAUUUGCAAUGAAAAUGAGCAGCAGUAUUAAUUAGGGGGACACAGAUUUCAUUGCAUUUUCUUGACAAUAUCUUUAAUAAUAUCAAAGACUAUAACACUAAGACAUAAAAAAAUAUAAAAUCAUUCCUAAAUGUAAUGUACAUAAAGUUUUGUGAAAGAUACUAAUGACUAGUCACUUAAAUCAAGGUGGUUAAGAGAGUCUAUAUAAAUCCUACUUAAGAUAUAAGACUGAACCAUAGAUAUUUUAAGUUUUACAUGUAUGUAGUUUCUAGAUAUGACUGCACAAGUAGCCAUGUAAAUCAAGCGCAAUUACAUUAUUUAACCUUUUUUAAUAAUUGUUAUCAAUCACCUAAUAUUGUAAUAUUGGGAAUGUGAAUUUCUAAAAACUACCAGAAAAGGGAAUAGCGUAACUACAUACAAAAAACUAUUAACAUUUUCUUCCCAUAAGAAAAUGAGAGGAGUUAUGGCUGUUACGCACAUAGGGAAAUGGCAGAUUAAAACAUGAACAGAAAGCACACCCAAAAUUACUGUCCCAUUCACGUGACAAACAUCAGCCUGGCAAAAUCGUCAACGUACCAAUGAUUCUACCCCUACUCCUGACCCCUUGCUGGUUUAUAGUAUUUUGUGACUUUACCUCUCAGGAUCAGGAGUCCCUGUAAAGAAGUGGAUGCAAGGAAGAUUGGAGUCUUGAGGUAAAAUAGAAACCAUGCUUGCAGUGGUCAGAAAUUCUCCUUCCAUAUUAAUGCCACUUGGUUUAUCUCGGAGGAUUUCCAUCAUUGUUUCAAAAGUUAUGUUUCCUAGGGAAUGAUUUAAAAAAUCACCAAACACAUAUGCAUACACAGAUGCCCUGCAAAUACAAACUGCUUUUUCUGAUGAUUAAACCAAAAAAAAACAAACCUAGUGCCAUCGAGUCGAUUCCGACUCAUAGCAACCCUAUAGGACAAAGUAGAAAUGCCCCAUAGAGUUUCCAAGGAGCACCUGGUGGAUUCGAACUGCCAACCCCUUGGUUAGCAGUCGUAGCACUUAACCACUACGCCACCAGGGUUUCCUGCUGAUGAUUAUAUAACAUGAAAUACUGGUCUUGGUAUAAAUAAGAGAUUGACCAUAAACCGUGUUAUCAUAACUGCAAUUAGACUCAUUCCACUGCCACAGGAAGAUUUUUUUUUAAGACUAUAAAACAUGCAAAGUCUCAAAACCACUGCAACAGGUAAAAUCUAUGUAACUUCUAAAGAAGAAGAAAACAGUAAGGUGAUGCACUUAAUCCCACUGCUUUUACAAAAUUUAUUAAGAAGUAUUUAGUUAGCAAAGGAGCCCUGGUGGCACAAUGGUUAAGCGCUCGACUGCUAACCAAAAGGUCAGCAGUUCAAACCCACCAGCUGCUCCACAGGAGAAAGACAGGGCAGUCUGCUUCCGUAAAGAUUUAUAGCCUUGGAAGCCCUACGGAGCAGUUGUACUCUGUCCUAUAGCAUCGCUAUGAGUUGGAAUCAAGCAGACAGCAAGGGGUUAUUUAGUUAGCAAUGAGUUCGUGAUUUCAGUAACUAUUAUCUGAGUCUAUUUAUUCUGAAAACCAAAUAUUGACAGAAUAUUGUGGUUAGUUUCCAAUAUCAUAUAAAAUGUUCUUUACAAAAUUAUUCCUAUAAUUUCUGUGCCUGGCAUUAAUAAUCUUACAUGAAAGUAUGAAUUGUAACUUGAGUGGGACUGAAGGAGACAAAACACACUAUUGAUUAAUGGAGUCUGUACACUGAUAGUUCUACUGGACUGUUUUAAAAGUUUAAACAUCCACUAUGUAUGAUGAAAAUGGAUGGCCUUACAUUCUGUUUCUGCUUUCAUAUAGAAAGUUUCCUAUUUUAAGUUUUUUAGAAAAAAAAUACAGUAAUUAGAAAAAUAUGAAAAAAAUCUAUUUUAUCCCUUUAGCAACCCCAACAUAUCUUUGCACAAAGCAUCAGAAUUCCAUAACCGGAAGACACUGCCACCAAAUAAUUUAAAAAGCCAAUUAUACCUUCAGACAACUCUCUCCUUGCCUUGCGUAUCCAAAGUCAAAGCUGGGGUUCAGAACCUAACUACCUUAAGACAAGAUGAAAUGAUCUUACCCCUCCCUAGUCUAGUCCUCCAAAAGUAGUCAAGACAGCUUCUCCUCACAUGUCAUAAUUCCCUUCUCCAAAAUUUAUGACUCUCAGUUCCUCCUGAAUCAAAUUAAAACUCCUUCAAUACCUGCUACUACUUAUUGGGUCCUCCUUUCCUAACUGCCCUCAUCUCUGGCUUUUACGCUACAAAUAAACUUACAUCAACCCUAUUCCUAACUUCAGGCUCUGGCAACUCCACCCUCAUGCCCCCACCUCAACUGAAAUGACCUUUUCUUCUCCACAUGUAAGCAUUCCUGACCUGUCUAUACUGGUCCUAGCUCUGCCAUUACAUUAUAAAUUCUUCAGCCCUGGUGGUGCAGUGAGUGGUUAAGCAUUUGGCUGAUAGCCAAAAGUUCAGCAGUUCAAAUCCACCAGGCACUCCUUAGAAGCUCUAUGGUACAGUUCUUCUCUGUUCUAGAGGGUCAGUAUAAGUCAGAAUCGACUGGAAAGCAAUGGAUUUGGCUUUUGGUUUAAAGACGAGGAUGAGAUUUUUUAUUGUUCAGUUAUCAUUCAUUCAACAAAUAUUUAUUGAACACCUGUUAAGGGCCAGGCACGCAUGGAUACACACACACACAUUGUUGUUAGUUGCUGUCAAGUCAAUUUCAACUCAUGGCAAUUCCGUGUGUACAGAGUAGAACUGCUCUAAGGGGUUUUAAAGGCUGUGACAUUUUAGAAGCAGACUGCCAAGCCUGUCUUCUAAGGCACCUGUAGCUGGAUUCGAACCACCAACCCUUCAGCUAGUAGUCAAGCGUUUAAUAAUUUGAAAUACCCAAGGACUCCAUAUUACACUUGCUGGGACUCCAAUUACAGUAGGUGUGAGACCUUUUUCAAUGAAUCCCAUAUGCCUCUCAACUUACGCUCUUGUCUGUAUUUUCCAAACUUUUAUCUCUCUGUGUUUUAAUCAGAAUACUUUUAACUGAUCUUCCAAUUCACUAAUUUUUUCUUCUGCUAUGUCUAAUCUGUUGUUAAAUCAAUCUAUUAAAUUCUUAAUUUCAGUUGUUACUUUUUUUAGUUCUAUUAUUUCCAUUUUAUUCUGUUCUAUGGAUUCCAGUUCUCUGAUGAAAGUCUCAUCUAAAUUUUCAUCUAAUUUUCCAAAGUUUGCAUCCAACAAAUUCAAUGUCUAGAUAACCUAUAGGUUAGUUCCUACUGUCUGCUUUUUCUCUUAAUUUUCAGUCAUUUGGCCCUAUUUCUUGGCAAGUUUGGUAAUUUUUAAUUGAAUGCUGGACACUGUAAAUGAAAUUUUAUAGAGGCCCUCCAUAAUACUUUCCUCCACAGAAGUUUCCAUUUUCUUCUGGCAAGCAGACAGGAUAUGGGCAGAUUACCUUGGUCCAGUUGAGGGUGGUCUACUUCCUAUUUGUUCUUAGUCCUAAGGUUUAGCCUUUCUGGGAUCUCAGGAGAAAGCCUGGGUUAUUUCUCAGGCCCUACCUUCUAGGUUGGCCCUCAACUCCAGUUUUUGUCCCUCUGUACCCAUGAGACUGCCAAGAUCUCUGCUUAGCUUUUUAGCCACUCAGCAGCUACUUUCUGCGUAAUAUCUCAUCUUUCAUAUGUGCUGUUUAGGAGUCAGCAAAUGCCUUAAAGAGACAUUGUACUAUAAAAGGUUAGGCUUUUCCUAAAAUGUAGGCAGUCUUCCCUAUCUCCUGGAUCUGGGUGGGUCACUCAAACAAUAAUGUUUUUUCUUCCAGCUUUUAGAGUUGUUCUGGGGGGGAGUUAGUCUAAUACCAGAUACUCUAUUAUAACCGGAAGCAGGAGUCUAGCCCUAUGCUUUUAACUACUCUGCUAUUAUACCCUUUAUUUAUUAAAUACAUCAGUCUCCUUUCACCUUGAAGUAGUACCAGUUUAUUAACAAUUGUAAUGAAUAUGGUGUACCCAUACUGUGACAAGUUAAAAAAUAUAUAUAUAUAGUUCCUGCCAUCAGAUAUUUUCAUAUACUUUAUAGAGAACGAUUAAUUAUUAAAUUAAAAUUAGUUCUAAAGAAACAAAUAACUUUCAUUAAACAUGGUUGAUAGACCACAGGUUUUUGUUUCCUCUAUCCUAAAAACACUAAGGAAUAAAAAUGAAGUAAUUUGCAAAGACAAAGCAUGAAAGGCAAGUGUUUCCUCCGUGAUAAAAUGCAAAUAAUUAAAAAUAAAAAAGCUCACAGCAAGUGUUUACCCAAAUUGUGCUAUUGUGACAUUUCAAACUAAGAUAAAAUGGACUUCCAUAUAAAAUAAUAUUAUAUUCCAUCCUCAUGUAAUCAUACAAGCUAUCAACUCUUUUAUGUUAACUGCUAUAACCAAAAACCAAACCAAACCCACUGAGUCGAUUCCGAUUCAUAGAGACCCUAUAGGACAGAAUAGAACUGCCCCAUAGGGUUUCCAAGGAGCAUCUUGUAGAUUCGAACUGCUGACUUUUUGGUUAGCAGCCGAAUGCUUAACCACUGUGCCACCAGGGCUCCACCACUAAUAGCAAUAGAUUUAUACAAAUCUAUAUUCUCUUGGAAACCCUAGUGGCGUAGCGGUUAAGUGCUAUGGCUGCUAACCAAAGGGUCGGCAGUUCGAAUCCACCAGGCGCUCCUUGGAAACUCUAUGGGGCAGUUCUACUCUGCCCUAUAGGGUUGCUAUGAGUCGGAAUCGACUCGACAGCACUGGGUUUGGUUUUGGUUUGGUAUAUUCUCUUACCCAGUUUCCCAAUAAUAUAGCUAUGUCUUCAAAUUCAAGAAAAAUAAUUUAUUAAAUUUAUAACAACUUGUUACAGGAGCCAAUAUCUUUCUGUUAAUUUUGAAAAACAUAAAGAAAAAAAAGGAGGGGUGAACCUAAAAAUAGCUCUUAAUAUUAAAACUAAACAGUAAAUUGCCCUGAGAUAAUCUUUAAACCUUAAACCAAAAGUAUCUCCUGAAGUCUUCUUAAAGCUGAGCAAUAGUUUAGCUUAACUAGUAAAAAAGGUCUGCUUUAAACGUUAUGCUCUUUUAAGAACUAUCUAUACAGGAUCGAACUGACAACAGCAACUUCAAAGUUUAGAUAGGAACUUAGGGCACAGUGAGUUUAUGUUAAUGAGAGAGGAACAACUCAGAAAAAGGGAAGUGAGAAUGAUUGCACAGUUCAAAGAAUGUAAUCAAUGCAACUAAAUUGUACAUGUAGAAACAGUUGAAUUGAUGUAUGUUUUGCUGUGUAUACACGCAGCCCCCAGGUUACAAAUAAGAUCCAUUCCUAAUUGUGUCUUCAAGUCGAUUUUUUUAGGUAAGUUGGAACAGGUGCAUACAAUUCUUAUUUAACCUUACAUGUACUUUAGAGCAAGAAAAGGCUUGAAGGCUUUUCAGUGAUUUAAAAGCUGUACGUGGAGGAAGUGAAGGUGCCUGAAGAAUUUGUUGUGAGUAGGGGUUGGUUCAAUUGCUUCAAAGUGAGGGCAAAUUUACGUAACAUUGAAGAGCAAAUACAAAAAAAAAAAGUACUAAGUUGUCAGUAAAUCUUAAUGUUUGUAACCUGAGAACUGCCUGAAUUCUCAACAACAAAAUAAAUAAAGUUUAGGGAAAAAAACUCAACAGUAAAGCAAAAGCCUACCAUCCCCAUCUAUCUAUCAGGCACACAGCUUCAAUACCUAGUACGAUUUUAAAAUGAUUCAAAUCUGAAUUCCCAUAAAUGGCAAGUUUUAAUGAAAACAAUGUCAGAACUGUAACACUGUGAUAGUGUAAAAAAAAAAAAUUCUUUUUUUGAUAAUGUAGGUAUUAUGAAAAUGUUUUCUGUAUUCAAAACCUACAAUUCUCAAAAUGAAAGGAGGAUUUACAUGAUCACUUGAGUAGGACAGCUGUAAGUAAUCCACUAGCAAGCAUUGAAUAAGUACUGAGACUGUAGUGGCAGGGUUCAGUAAAAUGAAUGCAAACCACAGGGUACAAUUUCACUGCAAUUUAAACCAGUUAUUUAAAAUACAUGAGUGAAUAUAGAUACAAUCUGCAUGUAUAUGCAGCAGUUAAUAGCUAUCUGAUAGGGAUAGUUGGAAAGAAGAGAGGUAGGCUCUGCCAUCUAGAAAAAUCAUGGGAGAAAUCAACCAUAAUGUACUAGCAGACAGUUUUCUAUGCAAGUAUUUGAAACACAUUUACUCUCUUGGCAAAGCACAGAAAGCUGGAUGAACUACACUUCAUACUUGGGAAAAAAUAAUUUUCAUGUCAGGUGCAUCUAUUUUAUAAUCAUGUAUACAUUUCAAAUCUAUGAUUAUUAUUUUGUAGUUAAAUAUAACAGAACUAAUUACUACUAUGCAAUAACUAACUUAAAAUUAUUUCAACCUAUUUUUCUUCCUUUUGUGCAAUUACCCUAAACUUUAGGUUUCUUGACAUUUUCCUCUCUGCCUUAAUUAGGCAUUAUCGUUCUCCAUUUUGUAAGAAUACCUGCUAAUUUUAUUUCCUGAACCUUUAAGUUUAUUGCCAGAAAAAAAAUUCACAAUCGUGAUUUCUGUUAAACUGUCUGCGAAUUCUAAAUUCAGCCAACAAUCCUUUGUUAAUGUACUGAACGCUUACUGAGGGUACACAACAGAAGGACCACAUCCCUCAGCAGUGGAACCAAACUAGCCUCAGAGUAAAGGUUAAAGCUACCCCAGAGAAGCCUUAAGACAGGCCUCAGAGGGGUGCAGCCGGAUCGUAAGUGACAACUGGACUAAACUCGGCCCAAAACGGAGUCACUUGUGCUGAGCCCCACGCAGCAAAACUACGUUUCCGUUUCGUGUAAAGGCCUAACUUUCCCAGGAGCCAAGAUCCAAGCCAAUCAACUGACUCUCCCAGAAAAGGGGAAACCUCAACUAGCCCAUCAGGUCUGUCUACCAUUACAAAAGCCUUUCCACCUGUACCUUGGUUCAGAAUGUUUACCCGACUUACAAACCAGAAGUUCCCUAGUUCAUGUACUAUAAAAUAAAGCUUAUGAGUUCACAUACAAGUUUAAUAUUCAGAAAAAAUGCUAUUGUUAACAGAAAUAACUAACUGCUAGAACAAAGUCAAACACUGUAGUUACCAGACAAAGAACACUAAAACAGCUAUCAUAAAUACGCUAAAUAUGCUCAAGGAUUUAAAGAAAAACAUGAAGAUAAUAAGGACAGAAAUGGAAGAUAUACAAAAAGAGCCAAACAGAGCUUGUAGAGAAAAAAAAAAAAAAAUACAA